AUGUCCAACCAAACUAACAUAACUGAGUUCCUUCUCCUGGGAUUCUCUGACAUUCGAGAGCUGCAGAUUUUGCACUUCAUCGGGUUUCUAGUGCUUUACCUGGCAGCCCUGACAGGGAAUCUUCUCGUCAUCAUAGCCAUAGCUCUUGAUCACUACCUUCACACCCCCAUGUACUUCUUCCUGAUGAGUUUAUCCAUCCUAGACCUCGGUACCAUUUCUGUCACCAUCCCCAAAUCUAUGGCCAAUUCCCUUAUGAACACCAGGUCCAUUUCCUAUUCUGGAUGUGUCACCCAAGUCUUUUUCCUCAUCUUCUUUGCUGAAGCCGACUUCAUCUUACUCACCAUCAUGGCAUAUGAUCGAUACGUCGCCAUCUUCAAACCACUGCACUAUGAGACUAUAAUGAACAGGAGAGCUUGUGUCCAAAUGACAGCCAGUGCCUGGAUCAGUGUAAUUCUCUAUUCUUCAUUGCACACCGGGAACACGUUUGCAAUAACCUUCUGUGGAGGCAACAUGGUGGAUCAGUUCUUCUGUGAAAUCCCCCAGCUACUCAAGCUCGCCUGCUCUAACUCGUACCUCAAUGAAGUUGGGGUUAUUGUAUUUGGUGCGUGUUUAACCCUAAGUUGCUUUGUUUUUAUAAUUGUGACAUAUGUUCAGAUCUUGAUCACGGUGUUGAGAAUCCCCUCUAAACAGGGCCGACAUAAAGCCUUCUCCACCUGCCUUCCUCACUUCAUUGUAAUUUCCAUGUUUCUUUCCACUGCUGCCUUUGCCUACAUGAAACCCAUCUCCAGCUCUCCAUCAGGUCUGGAUCUCGUGGUAGCUGUUCUCUAUUCCGUGCUGCCGCCAGUGAUGAAUCCAAUCAUCUACAGCAUAAGGAACAAGGAAAUCAAAGCUUCUCUGAGGAAACUGACUGGGUGGAGGUUAUUCAACAAGAAUAAAAUGUCUGCAUUUCUCUUAUGA